CACCAACCUCACUCCCUUUCCCAAAAAAUUGUAUUUUCUCUCUCUAACAUUCACCAACCACCCCCUCUCACUGUGUUUUUCUGUUCUAAAAUAUCUAGAAGACGUUCAUUUCAGAUGUGUGUUCCUUCUACAUGUCCCCUAAAAAAAAUACUAUAAGUAUUCAGUUCACACUAUAUUUCUAUGAAGUAAAAGGUGUACUAUUUUUGUUCAUUCAAUUUCUCACAUUUUGAGAAGAAAAAAAAAACAUUAAAUUUCCAACAUUAACUUAGCAGGAUCGCCUGAGGAAAACAUUCAUUUCGCAGGUGAGCCCCUCCCAAAGGUGACACACCGCCGGCGCACGUUAGCCAGAUUGAGCGCAGGUUAGCAGGGCGGCGGGCGCAGAGGAUGAAGAUCAAUGUGAGGGAGUCGGCGAUGGUGCGUCCGGCUGAGGAUACGCCGAGGCGGAGGCUGUGGAACUCGAACGUGGAUCUGGUGGUGCCCAACUUCCACACCCCGAGCGUCUAUUUCUACCGGCCCACAGGUUCACGUAGAUUCUUCGAUGCUGGAGUGCUAAAAUACGCCCUGAGCCGAGUUCUGGUCCCGUUUUACCCCAUGGCUGGGAGGCUGACGAGGGACGACGAUGGCAGGAUAGCGAUUGACUGCAAUGGCGAUGGUGUCCUCUUCGUCGAGGCUGAGAUGAACUCCGAUGUGGAUGAUUUUGGCGACUUCACACCCACUUUGGAAUUCCGGCAGCUCAUUCCGGCUAUAGAUUACUCCGGUGGGAUUGAAUCCUAUCCUCUCCUGGUCUUGCAGGUCACACAUUUCACAUGUGGUGGAGUUUCGCUCGGUGUUGGUAUGCAACAUCAUGUGGCAGACGGAGCUUCUGGUCUCCACUUUAUCAACACAUGGUCUGACAUGGCUCGUGGUCUAGAGCUUACCAUUCCGCCAUUCAUUGACCGGACCCUCCUCUGUGCCCACGACAAGCCUCAGCCUGCAUUCCACCACAUCGAAUACCAGCCCCCUCCUGCUAUGAAAGCUUCUCUCCAAACAACUGAUUCCGAGUCGGUUCCUGAGGCAACUGUUUCCCUUUUCAAGUUAACCCGGGACCAAGUUAACAUUCUCAAAGCCAAGUCAAAGGAAAAUGGGAAUAUGGUUAGUUAUAGCUCAUAUGAAAUGCUAGCAGGGCAUGUAUGGCGUUGUGCGUGCAAAGCACGUGGACUCUCGGAUGAUCAAGAUACCAAGCUGUACAUUGCCACAGAUGGACGGUCCAGGCUCCAACCUCCACUCCCACCUGGCUACUUUGGCAAUGGGAUUUUCACGGCCACUCCAAUUGCAGUAGCCGGUGAUCUUCAAUCAAAGCCACUUUGGUAUGCCGCCAGUCGAAUUCAUGAUGCAUUAGUGCGGAUGGACAACAAUUAUUUAAGGUCAGCUCUUGAUUACUUAGAAUUGCAGCCUGAUCUAAAGGCCCUCGUCCGUGGUGCCCAUACUUUUAGGUGUCCGAAUCUCGGGAUAACCAGUUGGGCUAGGCUGCCUAUCCAUGAUGCAGAUUUCGGUUGGGGCAGGCCAAUUUUCAUGGGACCUGGUGGGAUUGCAUAUGAAGGAUUAGCAUUUAUUUUACCAAGUCCCACCAGUGAUGGGAGCUUAUCUGUUGCAAUAUCGCUGCAAACAGAACAUAUGAAACUCUUCGAGGGAUUCUUGUAUGAUUUUUAAAGAUAUGAGCCGGCUGACAAAUUGGUGCUGGAUAUAUCUGCUACCUGGUCUGUUCAGAGAUGGGUGAUUGUGAUAAUUUCCUAGUGUUUUUCAACAUGUUUAUGUUUAUGAAGAUGCUAAGGUACGCAUUGACAUGUCAUCUUAUAUCUUAACCACAUAGGCACAUGCUUUGUGGGUGUAAGGAACAUGAGAACAUUGUAACACAAAUCCGAAAUUGUAUUUACAAUACAAGUAAUGUUGUCGAAUCUUGUGGUGUUGGGUAACUCAAGAUUUAUUUGUGUGUAAUUAGUUUUGAUGGCAUGUAAUGAAGGUAUGUUUUGGCA